AUGUUGUGGAGGGCACUCCUGCUUGUGGGGCUCUUCCUUCUGGGCAGCCAGGUCUCCAGCUCCAGAUUCGUAGACAUCAAUAAGAAUGAGGAGUUCUUUGCCAUCUCCGUGGAGCAUGCCCUGUAUCAGUUCAACGAGUCCCAGGAGGAUGAGUUUGCCUACAAGUUUAUGCGGAUCAGGCGGAGCAAGCGCAAGAAGUAUUCUUGGAUCUAUUUAGUGGACUUGGAGCUGGGCCGCACCAUUUGCAAAAAACACGAUGAAGACAUUGACAACUGUCCAUUGCAAGAAGGCCCAGGAGAGAAAACGGUGCGCUGCACUUACAUCAUCCAUUCCCUGGCAUGGAUUACCAAAUUCACCGUCCUGGACAGUACCUGUGUGCAGACCUCGGCCGGGGGGAUGCCUGUGACUUCUCCCAGCAAAAGUCCUGUGUCCUCUCCAAUCAGCAGCACAAGGGACCAGGCUCAGAACAAGUGA